AGAUGAGAUUGGACUCGUAUAUACAUACGCGAAAGAACGAUUCUAACCUCAAAAACCGCGCGAUUUCGUUCACCGUAGUGGGAUCAACAAAUUGGGGUAUUGUAAAACAAUUUAAAAUUUAAUUCAAAUAUGGUUGUCGAUUGCGAUUUGAUAAAAACUAUUGAAGAUGAUGAGGAAGUUCCGAAUUUUUCGGAAAAUUCAGACGAAGAGGACGAUUUUCAGCCUCGCAAACAAAAGAAGCAAGAAAAGAAAGAUUUUGACAGUAAUUUUCAAUUUGUGAGCGACGCUUCAGAGUAUAACCAGGAUACAUGGAACGAUUUGAGCAAGUACAUUAAAAGAAAAGCUAAGACCAAGCUAGAUGAUAAAAUUAAGAAAAUUCGAGGUGCAGCAGAAAAGGCUGGUUCCUUAGAAGAUUCCAUGAAGUUGGAAACCGAUGACAUCAAGGAAGAUGAAGGCAUUGAUCUGUCUGACGAUGAUUUGAGAAAGGAUGCAUUUAAAACCAAGGAAAGAAAAGGUAAAAGGAAAAAGACCUCAAAAGAAAAUGAGGAGCUUAUGGAUUUUGAGGAAUCUGAAGUUCCAGACGCCUACGCAUCUUUUUAUCAGAUGAAUUUAUCCAGACCCUUGCUUAAGGCCAUAGGAGCAAUGAAUUUUGUCCAUCCAACACCAAUUCAAGCGGCGACGAUUCCAGUCGCACUGAUGGGACGCGAUAUUUGCGGUUGCGCCGCAACAGGAACCGGUAAAACUGCUGCGUAUAUGUUACCGACACUUGAACGGUUAUUGUACAGGCCUGUGGACGGCGCAGCGGUUACGAGAGUUCUCGUCCUGGUACCAACGAGAGAAUUAGGUGUUCAGGUCUAUCAGGUUGCCAAACAAUUGGCCCAAUUUACGUCUGUUGAAAUAGGCUUGUCCGUUGGUGGUCUCGACGUCAAAGUGCAAGAAAGUGUACUGAGGAAAAAUCCUGACAUUGUAAUAGCCACACCAGGACGUUUGAUAGACCAUCUCACGAAUACUCCCACGUUUUCAUUGGACAGCAUCGAAGUAUUAAUUUUGGACGAAGCCGAUCGAAUGUUGGACGAAUAUUUCGCGGAGCAAAUGAAACACAUUGUGAAGCAAUGUGCGAGAAGCCGACAAACGAUCCUAUUUUCAGCCACGAUGACUGAGGAAGUGAAAGAUCUGGCCGCAGUUUCAUUGGACAAACCUGUAAAAGUUUUCGUCGACAGUAAUCACGACGUGGCGUUCAACCUGCGACAAGAGUUUGUUCGAAUUCGAAAAGAACGAGAAGGCGAUCGAGAGGGAAUUUUGGCGGCUCUUAUAUGCCGAACUUUCCAUGAUCACACAAUGGUCUUUGUUCAAACGAAGAAACAAGCCCACAGAUUGCACAUACUGUUGGGCCUUUUGGGAGUCAGAGUCGGCGAACUUCAUGGGAAUUUAACGCAACCCCAACGUCUGGAAAAUUUAAAAAAAUUCAAAGAUGAGGAAAUCGAUGUUUUGUUAGCCACUGAUGUGGCAGCUCGAGGUUUGGAUAUUAGUGGCGUUAAAACUGUUAUCAAUUUCGUAAUGCCCGCUACGAUACAGCAUUAUAUCCAUAGAGUAGGAAGAACAGCUCGUGCCGGGCGUGUGGGAGUGUCAGUUUCACUAGCCGGUGAACAAGAACGUUCAUUAGUCAAAGAGGUCAUAAAACAAGCGAGAAAUCCCGUAAAGAAUCGUAUAAUACCACCCGACAUAGUUGAAAAGUACAACAACAAAUUGAAAUCUCUCGAGCCCGAUGUGGAAAAUAUUCUGCAAGAGGAAAAAAACGAAAAGGAACUCGCGAAAAUAGAAAAUCAGGCUAAUCGAGCUGAACACCUUCUCAAAGAAGAAGACACGAAGAACAAUAGAAGUUGGUUCCAAACGUCGAAAGAGAGAAAGAUUGAGAAAGACAAAUUGUGUUUAACGGAGAAGAGCAAAGCAAAGGGCCAAAAGCGUAAAGCAGAACAGCCUAUUUCCAAUCUUGUCGAAGAGAACGCUAAAAAAACGAAAAAAAAGAAGAAACCCACUGAAGCAGAAACAGCAGAGGAUCGCGCUAAUAAGGAAUUGGAAAAAGUUGCAGCUUUUCAAGCAAGAAUGCUGAAAAAGAAGAAUAAAAUGAAAAAAAUUCGAACGAUGGUGGACGAUGAUUAUCGUUCAUCUGUGAAAAAAGGAGCAGUGAAGCGUAACAAGUCCUCGUUUGCUGCCGAUCUGACCGAUACGAGCAAGAAAGGAGUUAAAAAACUUCGUUACGAUGCCAACGUGAAACAGAAACAAAAAUCCAGCAAAGGAUUUCACAAACCUCAAACGAGAGGCAAGCCAUCGAAAGGAAAAGGACCGCAGAGACCAAGGCAAAGAAAAUAAUUGUAAAAAGAGGAGAAGGGGGAACAACCCAAUCACCACGAAAUAAAUAUGUUACAUAUAUUAAUUGAAAUGAAA